CGAAACAUUAACGGAUGCGGACGGCCUAAACGGAUCAUUAAAAAACGACCAGAAUUAAUUGAAAAUUAAAUUUGAGAAAAAAAAGCGAAACGAAUUUGAAAUAAAAAAUAUUUAAAAAAAAAAGAAAUAGUAAAUGAUCUUUAAAUAUCUAAAACGAAAACAACUAAACUUAGUUAAAACAAGCCGUAAAGUAAGUGCAAAUCUAAAACACCACACGACAUGUUACUUUAUGUAGCGCUACGUUUGAAACACAUUACAUAGGCAUAAAACUGAUGUCUCCAAUUGUGUGCGUGGGGAAAUUGGGAGCACGUAGCAUGAAAAUUUUAUAGUGCAAAGCCAAAAAAAAGUGACAUUUAAAAUAAAACGUAAAACGUCCAAUAAAAUCAAAUAAAAGUGAAAAGUUCUACAAAACAAAAAUAAAUAUAAAAAGCAAAAAGAAAAUAUCAAAUAAAAAUAAAGAAACCGUAAAGUAGUAAAAAAGGGAUAAAUAAAUAAAUUUCUAAAGCUAAAAUCGUAAAAGAAAUUCCUGUAACAAAAAUAUAGAAAAUAAAAAACGUGUAAUUUAUUGCCCUUUAAAACCCCCGCCCUUUUAGCUUUAAACAUAAAAUUAUUAUGAAAAAACCACCUGCAAAAAUGUUUUUUCAGCUGAUGUUAACCCAUAUUCUAUUACUGCUGCCCCUAAUAUUGGCCGCACCAUCACCUCCCACCUUGGGUGGUGAUACUGCCUCAUUUUAUAGUUCUUCGGGUUUUAUAUCCAGUCCUUCCAUUUACUCAUACACCAUAGAAAAUCAAAUACCCUCAAAUCAAACGACCACCAUAUAUCAGGCCCAUCCAUCAUUGCAGCAACAAAGACAACAAGGGGCCACGAAUCGUAAUUUAUAUUAUACCAGUUCAAAUUCAAACUUAAAUUCAAAUGUCUUAAGUAGCAAUAGAAGAGUUUCAGGCUCUUCUUCGACAACCUCUAGCUCAACAACAACAACUUAUUCGUCGCCAUCAUCUGCAUCUUUGCCGGCUAUGGAAGCUACACAACCGGCUCCCAUUAGCGAUUGUACUUUAGAUCGUUUGGCUGUUUACAAAGUGGUCUUGCACACCUAUUGGACUAGGGAUUUAUUUCCCAAACAUUAUCCGGAUUGGCGGCCAACAGCACAAUGGACUAAAACGUUGGGUCGUACACAUGACUCAACAUUUGCCCUGUAUCACAUUGGCCAGCAGGCAACAUCCGGUGUUAAACAAUUUGCUGAAACGGGUAAAAGCGAUAUACUGGAUACAUUACAAGGUGAAAAGCAACAACAGCAGCAACAAACGUCAAAACAACAGCUAAACACAGCACGCAGCAAUGCAAGUAACAAAAACAACAACAGCAACAACAAAAACCUAGGUGAACGCAGUGUCUUUGAUGAAUUCAAUUUGCCAGCCAUAAUGACGGGUGCUGGUCGCACGGAGGCCAAGUUUUUCGUCGAUAGCAAUCACAGUCUAGUGUCACUAAUGACACGCAUUGUGCCCUCACCCGAUUGGUUUAUAGGGGUCGACUCAUUUCAGCUUUGUGUGGGUGGCUCUUGGAUUGAUACGGUGACCGUAGAAAUGGAUCCUUUAGAUGCUGGCUCGGAUAAUGGUUUCACGUUUACUGCACCUAAUUGGCCCACCUCACCACAAGGUGUUAUUUAUCGCAUAACAUCACGUUAUCCGGCUCAUCCAGCUGGCAGUUUCUUUUAUCCAAAAAGUAAACGUUUACCGCCAAUAGCAACAUUUCAGUUUAUCAAGCUCAAAGAAUACGAACUGAGUGAAGUGUUCAACUUUGCUGAAGACGAUCGCAAAUACGAGACAGUACAGACACAAACCCACUUAGAGAUGGAACACAAUCAUGUGGAAAUGAAUAAUGAACUGUCGGCGAAUAUAGAGCGUGAGAGGCAAAAUGAGAUAACACCACCACCAACAACAGUCACCGAAAAAGAUCGUAUACGCUCGAAACUGUUGGAGAAAAUGAAUCCCAUGGUGAAUUCUUCUUCAGCAACUGCAGGUGACAUACCCAAAAACGACAAACAGGCAAUCAUGCAAAAUAUUGCCAAUAGUUAUAGACGUUCCGAAUUAUCAGUUUCAGCUUCAGCAUCAUCAUCAACUUCAUCGCUGCAUGCCACCACAAAUCGUAGACGUCGCACGAAACGUGUUCGCGACUGUCGUGUCAGUCAUUGGUCCGAGUGGUCGGACUGCAGUAAAUCAUGUGGCAUCGGUGAAAUGCAUCGAUAUCGUAAAGUCAUUAAGCAUGGCAAACGUGGUGGCCGUCCAUGUCCGCCUUUAAAAGAAUCAAAAUGGUGUGGCAGCGAAAAGGGCUGCCAUAAACCAGAGACCUAUUUUAAUUGGUCUAAUACAUGAAUAUAUAAAAUCAACCAUAAAAACCUCUAAAAAAGGCGUAUUAUUUUUAACUUAAAUAAAAUAAAAUUUAUCAAACCAACAUAAUUCUGACAAAAAAAUUGUAUUAAUUUAAAUAAAAAAAACUUUAAAAUAAUUAAAAACAACCAACCAACAAAACUUUACUGCAUAUAAAUAAAAUAUAACAAAAAAAACAGAAAAAAAAAUAUUUAUAGAAGAAAAAAGCCACUUAGUUUUUAGUCAGUCAGACAAACAAAAAUACAAUUUAAAAUUUAAUUUCAUUUAACAUAUAACAACUAAAAACAUUAUCAAAAAUAUAUAAAUUAACUUAAAAACAGAUAUUUUUUGUUUUUUUUUUCUUUCUUUACAUUCUCCCAAUUGAAGGCAAUUUAAAAUCUAUAAAAUAAAAUAUUUAAAUAUUGAUUUAGUUUUCUAGUUCUAUUUAAUUUGGAAAUACAAUCAGUCACUUUAACAGAAAAAUAAAAUAUGGCAAAAAAGAGACACUAUGGACAAUAUUUAAACAAAAGUUAAAUUAACAAAAAACACACUCGAUGAAAUUAAAAAAAAAAUCAUAAAAUUGGCUUAAAAAACUUACAGAAUUGAUUUUAAUGCAAAUGAACAAAAAAAGAAAAGCAAAAAAUUGUGUUAAUGAAAGCAGUUUUUUAAUGAGAAACUGAUUAUUCACCCCCUCAAAAACAAAAAAGAAGAAAAAAAUAUACAUAUACCAAAAAACGGAAUAAAUAAUUUAAAACUAAGUGUAAAAAACCUAAGCUAAAAUUAAGAGAGAUAAAUUAAAUCAAAUAUUUUCAUAAAAAUAAAUAAAAAAAACUAUAAAAAUCAUGCAAAAAAAAAACAGAAA